UUGGGACUUUCUUCUCUCUGUUUCUUAGUUUCUUCCUCCCUAAGCCAAUAGAGCUUUUUUUUUCCUUCCCUUUUUUAAGCAACAAUGAACACAGAGAAAACCGCGAAUUCGAUAAUGUCUGCAAGAAAAUGAGUGUAAAGGCAGAGGCUUUGAAGACAUUUGGGCCCCAUUUUCCAUCACACCUCUCCUCUCUCUCACUGUCCUUUUCUUCUUCUUCUUCUUUCCUUUGCCUCCAUCAGUUUCCUGCGAUAAGAGAAAAAAAAAAAAGAAAUUUCCUCUGAUUUCUCGGCUUCUAGUGUUCUUGAAUCCUUUGUAUUCUUGGGUCAUUCGAUUCUUCUGGUUUUUCUGGUGUUGCGAUGAUUAUUGGCAUGGGAGGUGGCUCAGCACUGGAGGUGAGGCCGCCGGAAAGCGAGGUCGAGCUUGAACUGGGGCUCAGCCUCGGCGGCGGCGCAUCCGGGAAGACCGGAAAGCCAUACGGCGGCGCGUGGCUGGAGCGUGGGAGGAUCCUGACGGCUAAGGACUUCCCCUCCGUCGGGACUAAACGAGCUGCGGACUUUGCUUCUCACGAAGGCGCGUCUCCUCCUCGUUCCAGUCAGGUGGUGGGGUGGCCUCCGAUUGGAUCACACAGGAUGAACAGCUUGGUCAAAGACCAGUCUACGAAGCCCCCGAAAGCCGAAGAAGACGGGAAAACACUCGCUUCAGGUGAGAACGAUGAAUCGAAAUACCUUACGAAGAAGGUGAAUGGAAAGACACGAGUUGGGUUUGUGAAGGUGAACAUGGAUGGAGUUGCCAUUGGAAGAAAAGUGGAUAUGAAUGCUCACUCGUCUUACGAGAACUUGGCCAAAACGCUCGAGGACAUGUUCUUCUGUCAAUGCCGGGCAAUUGGGUCGACGGGUUCUUGCCAGGAGAAGGAUAAGGGAAAGGCACUGAAGCUUCUGGAUGGAUCAUCAGAAUCUGUACUCACUUACAAAGACAAGGAAGGUGAUUGGAUGCUUGUUGGAGAUGUUCCAUGGAUGAUGUUCGUCAGUUCUGUGAAGAGGCUAAGAAUCAUGAGAGCCUCUGAAGCUAAUGGACAACUCGCUCUCAGACAUGAUCAAGAACAGAAUGAGAGACGAAGAAACAAGCCCGUCUAGUGUUUUUCGAGUUUUUUUUUUCCCCGGAAGUCUGAUUACCCUUUUGAAGAAGCAGAAGUUAGAUUUCAUUCAUCCGUUUUAACCCGCUUUUGAUUUAUGCUUUUUCCAGUUUUCUUUAGGCCAUUUUCGAUCGGGUUUUCCUUUGUUUCUCAUCUGGAUCAGGUUUUUACUAUACACGAUUGUUUCCAGACGAAUGCUCUGUUUUCUUUUUCCCAUACUGUAAAUAUAUUCGGACAUCUUCAAGAGUUUUGUCUGA